AUACCACCAAGGAUCCGUGUCAAAAGGUGAAGUGCAGUCGCCAUAAGCUGUGUGUGGCUCAGGGCUUUCAGAAAGCCAUGUGUGUGAACCGCAAGAAACUACAGCACAGGAUCAGAGAGUCGUCGCUGAAGCCUCAUGCUAACAGCUGUAAACCCUGUACACUGACCACAACUACACCUGUGUGUGGAUCAGAUGGACACAACUACGCCUCUCAGUGUAAGCUGGAGCAGCAGGCGUGUCUCUCAGGGAAGGAUGUGUCUGUGCUGUGUUCUGGUCUGUGUCCGUGUAUCAGCGCUGGAGUCCCUAAAGCAGAAGCCAAGAUCAAGAGCAGCGCAGAGACGUCCACCGAACACCACGCAGAGGUGUGCACCGGUCAGGAUUUGGCUGAUUUGGCUGACAGACUCAGAGACUGGUUUCAGCUUCUUCAUGGAAACUCCAAACAGAACAACUCUGGAAGACAAGCACACGGCACAGGCUCAGUGUUUGACAGGGGUCUGGUGGCCGGCUGUAAAGACUCCAUCGGCUGGAUGUUCUCCCGGCUGGACAGCAGUAAUGAUCUGUUCCUGGAUCAGUCGGAGCUGGCCGCAGUGAACCUGCAGAAGUAUGAGGUGUGUAUCGAAGCGUUCUUCAAGUCCUGCGACUCCUACAGAGACGGACGAUUGUCCACUGCCGAGUGGUGUCUGUGCUUCUGGAGGGAGAAGCCUCCAUGUUUGGCUGAAAUCGAGAGGAUUCAGAUACAGGAGGCUUCUACGAGAAAACCAGAUGUGCUGAUGCCCAGCUGUGAUGAGGACGGAUACUUCCGGAAGCUGCAGUGUGAGCGCAGUGGAGAUCUGUGCUGGUGUGUGGAUCCGCACGGCUCUGAGAUCAGCGGCUCAAGAACUCACGGCAGCCCAGACUGUGAUGAUCUGCUCAGCUCUGGAGAUUUCAGCAGUGGCGUCGGCUGGGAGGAUGAGGAGGAGAAAGAGCAGAAGAAUGAGGAAGAAGAGGAGGAAGAGGAGGUGGGAGAGAGUGAUGAUGGAGGAUACAUCUGGUGAAACACACACACACACACGUCAUCAUUCUGACAUCAUCAGGGUGUAAUGCUUCAUCUGACGGGGUUUAUGCAAAAUAAGACACACACACACACACACUUUACAGACGCUUAUCUGUGUGUGUUUGUGUGCAGGUGUUUGUGGGUGUGUUGUUUGUUUGUGUGUGCUUGUGUGUGUAUCUGGGUGUCUGAGUGAGUGAAAUGUGUGUGUGUGUGUGUGUGUGUGUGUGAGUCUCUGUUUGUGUGUGCAUGACUGUGUGUAUGUGUUUGUGUGUGUGUAUGUGUUUGUGUGUGAGAGAGUGUGUACGUGUAUCUGUGUGUGAGAGUGUGUGUGUGUGUGUGUGUGUGUGUGUGUAUGCGUUUGUGAGUUUGUGUUUCUUUCUGUGUGCAUGUCUAUUUCUGUUUGUGUGUUUCAUUUUUGUAUGUGUGUAUGUGUUUUUGUGUGUGCUAGUGUGAGAGAGUGUGUGUCUCUCUGUCAGUACGUAUGUGUGUGUAUGCGUGUGCUUGUGUGUGUGCAUCUGUGUGUCUGUCUCUAUGAGAGAGUGUGCAUCUCUUUCUGUGUGUGUGGGUCUCUUUGUGUGUGUGUGUGUGUGUGUGUGUGUGUAUGUGUAUGUGUGUGUGUGUAUUACAUGCUUUUAUAAUGCUGCUGUAUUACAUGAGCUAAUGCUCAGGCAGAGUAAAUGGAGAAGAGCUCAGCUUUCAGAGCAGACAGAGAAGCUAAAAUAGUCUUAAAAUCAGUUUCCUCAGUCACACUCCCAAAACAACAUGUAAAUUCUGCCACAAACUCAUUUGCAUAAACAUAAUUACAUUUGCAUAAACUAUAUUAGCAAGGUUUAGAGUUGAAUCAUUGUUUUGUAAUCACAAAUGUCCACAGAAUAGUGAAAUAAGUGGUGUGUCCAGAAGUAAAUAUUGUUUUUAGGACAUUUUAAAUACCUACAAAUGAUAUUAUUACAUCUAAAAUGCCCAAACUUACUUGUAUUUGCAUUUUAUUGAAAUUAAUCAGCGUAUGAAUAAAUUAGUUAAGCUUUUAUUUGUAAUUAUUCGCCUCAUUAUAGUGUGUUUAAGUUCAUAUUUUCAUGACAAAAUGCUCCUAAACACACAUACAAACGUUAUUUUUAGAGAUAUAACAUGUGUUAUUAUUCAAAACUUCCAUACAACAUUUUAGAAAUUUAAUAAAUAUCAAUCUUUUAAUAUUAAUAAUAUACUUUUUCUAAAAGAGAUUGAUCUUAAAGAUGUAAACUUAGGUGUUCCCACAGUUCUAGAAUCAACUGGAUAUUGAGUUUUAGAAAUGCAUUAAGUUUGAGACUGUUUUCUCUCUGUUUGUCUCUGCUGAUCAGAAAAGCUUCAAAGUGAAUCUUCAUAGAGAUUAUCCAGUCAGAUCAGAGGAAUGUAACUGUUAUGAAUUAUGAUUGACAUGUGAAAUAUAACUGAUGAUUUCAGACUAGGCUGAGCAAUAUGACUAAAAUCUAAAGACAUCUCACAUCAUCAUAACAAUAAUAAAAAAUGUUUCUUUUACAAAUAUUUCCCAAAUGAUGUUGAACAGAU